GACGUCACGCAAGGAGGGCUGACAGCGUGGCCCAGCGCUCGAGAGAAGAGAGAGAGAAGACGAAACUCGACGACGAACGCCACCAUGAGCCGCUCCUACAAUGACGAGAUGGCCUUCCUCGAGAAGAUCGACCAGAACAGCUGGCGCAUCAAGAAGGGAUUCGUGCCCAACAUGCAGGUCGAAGGGAAGUUCUUUGUGAACGAGCAGCUGGAGAAGCUCAUGUUUGAGGAGCUCAGAAAUGCCUGCAGAGGAGGAGGUAUUGGUGGAUUUCUGCCCGCUAUGAAGCAGAUCGGCAAUGUGGCUGCAUUGCCCGGCAUUAUACAUAAAUCCAUUGGCUUGCCGGAUGUUCAUUCUGGCUAUGGCUUUGCCAUUGGUAACAUGGCUGCCUUCGACAUGGAAGACCCCACCUCUGUGGUGUCGCCAGGCGGCGUGGGCUUUGACAUCAACUGCGGCGUGCGGCUGUUGCGCACCAACCUGGAGGAGAGUGACGUGCAGCCUGUGAAGGAGCAGCUGGCGCAGGCGCUGUUCGACCACAUCCCCGUGGGGGUCGGUUCCAAGGGAGUCAUCCCCAUGGGUGCCAAGGACUUGGAGGAGGCUCUGGAGAUGGGGGUGGACUGGUCUCUGCGUGAGGGCUAUGCCUGGGCAGAGGACAAAGAACACUGCGAGGAGUAUGGCAGGAUGCUGCAGGCUGACCCCAACAAAGUCUCCUCUAAGGCCAAGAAGAGGGGGCUUCCACAGCUGGGCACACUGGGUGCCGGAAACCACUACGCUGAGAUUCAGGUGGUGGAUGAAAUCUUUGACCAGCACGCGGCACGCAAGAUGGGCAUCGACCACACCGGGCAGAUCUGCGUCAUGAUCCAUAGCGGCAGUCGGGGGCUUGGCCACCAGGUGGCCACAGAUGCGCUGGUGGCGAUGGAGAAGGCAAUGAAGCGAGAUAAGAUCAUCGUGAACGAUCGGCAGCUUGCCUGCGCUCGCAUCAAGUCGCAGGAGGGGCAGGACUACUUGAAAGCCAUGGCCGCUGCCGGAAACUACGCCUGGGUCAACCGCUCCUCCAUGACGUUCCUCACCCGUCAGGCUUUUGCAAAGGUUUUCAACACGACGCCCGACGACCUGGACAUGCACGUGAUCUACGACGUCUCGCACAACAUCGCUAAGGUGGAGGAGCACAUCGUGGACGGGAAGAUUCGGACGCUGCUCAUUCAUCGCAAGGGAUCGACACGAGCUUUUCCCCCACACCACCCGCUCAUCCCCGUCGACUACCAGCUGAUCGGGCAGCCGGUGCUGAUCGGUGGCACCAUGGGCACCUGCAGCUACGUGUUGACGGGCACGGAGGAGGGCAUGAGGCAGACUUUCGGCACCACGUGCCACGGAGCGGGGAGGGCCCUGUCUCGCGCCAAGUCUCGCCGCAACUUGGACUACCAGGACGUGCUCAACAAACUCGCCGACCUGGGCAUCGCGAUCCGGGUCGCCUCGCCCAAGCUUGUCAUGGAGGAGGCGCCAGAGUCGUACAAGAACGUGACGGAUGUGGUGGACACGUGCCACUCGGCUGGCAUCAGCAAGAAGGCCAUCAAGCUGCGACCCAUUGCCGUCAUUAAAGGCUGAUGAGGCCCAGCACCCCGUCUCCCCAUUCUCGUCCACACACGCGCACACACACACGCGCGCACACACACGCACGCGCACACACACGCACGCACACGCGCGCACACGCACACACGCACACACGCACACACGCACACACGCACACGCACGCACACGCAAGAACGUGCGCACGCAUGCAUGGGCAGGUCCUGCCUUUGGUAGCCUCGGCAUAAUGAGGAAUGCCUUGGAGCCAUUAAAAUACAUCUAUUAACAGUAAAGAGAAAGCAGUCUUUUGAGUCUUGAGUCUUCACGGUGGGGGCAGGUGGAGUUUUCGCAAGAGCCUUGCGUGCGCACAGCGCGACGUUUACGGCAAUUAUGAGAGCGUUUAAAUGCAGAUUUUUAUUUUAUUUCAGGUGAGAUCUCAAGAUACCAGCAGAGUCUAAUUUGCAAGAGUGACCUGGAAAUAUAUUCCGUUAAUUUACAUUUUAUGUCUUUUUAAUUUGAGGGCUUAAUAUUGUGAAAAGUCUCGUUCAUAAAGUCACUAUCUCGAAACAUUUUCCGCCUCUGCUUUCUUCCAUGGUGGCCAAUUUUCACUCUCAUCCUGGGUGUCAAUUGAUCCGUGCAUUAGGGGAUAUGGCGCAAUGCACAUAGCUAAUUCAUAGAUGUGAAAAGCAAAGACUGUCUUCAGUGGUUGUGGGAGGGUGUGGUGUUGCCAACGAGCGUUGUAGCAGGAGUCAUGUUUAUUUAUCAGCUUCUGUGAAACGAAAGUGUCUCUCAACCUCAAAUGCUACUACAGAGACACUUGUAGUCGUGAUUUAUUUUCAUAGAGGUAAGCCAGGUCUGAAGAACUGCACACAACUGGGGAAAUGAUCCAUUCUGCAUUGUUCUGAGUGGUUUGAAUAAAAUUGCACUUAAAUUCUA